CAACCCCGGUUGCUGACAUUAUAUGAUGGAUAUAAGCAAGAUCCGCUCCCAAUCUUAACGAAGUUCAUAAGUGCUUAUCGCCCUACAGACUUUGCAUCAUCCACUCUACAUCUCCAAAAAACCCACAGCCAUGAACCUCUCCACUAUCACCCAACAAUGGAUCGACCAGAAUCCAAUGCGCAACACCAUAAGAACAAUGCGCAAAACAGGCAUUCAUCAAUGGGGCUUCGUUAUCUACCGCGCAACCUACGGCGAUGAUGAUCUGUGGGAUCGCUAUCUAGCUGCUCUCAAAGAAAAUAUCCGCGAGAAUCUGCAGCGCAACAAAUGCCACGAUUUACUCGACCAAUAUGCGCACUGGGAAGUAGUUUGUAUGGAAGCUGGAGGGAAUGGCAAAACUGAUGUACGACGUCUCUUCGCUGCUUGGUGUGCCGAACAAACCGACCGUUUUGCCGAGCAGCCAAGCUUGACUCCUCCUCGCUUUACUCACUGCCUCUAUGUCAACGAGGAGUGUUUGAGUACGUUGGAAGCGCACGAAGAAGCAAGACUGAAGCGCAAAGUGCCUGGACUGGGCCCACCACUUCCACCGCUUGUGGCUGUUGUUAUCGAUGGUGGUUACUCUCCACCCAGUCGAGGUUGGGGUCUCGCCUCCAGGCAAGAAUUUCCUCCUGUUGAAGGAUGUUCUGAUAAAUAUGUUGGAUGGGAGUACUACAAUGUGGUUUAUAUACCGUUGUUGUACGACAAGCUUCACAAUCAGCGCCUCGAUGAUGAGCCUGAUUACGUGAGACCACCGGCUAUCGCUCCCCUCGGAAACUUGUCGAUGGAGGAAAGAAGUUAAAUUGCAUAUUCUAUCAGAAAAUGUAAACUAUAGCAUCUCUCUUUGUAUCCAAGACCACAGUGCUACUCCUCGCAACACCUAAGUACGCUCAAUUGGCGGCGCUACCAUGUCAUCAAGCCGGCUGA